GUCCGAUCCUCUGGACGACACAUAUCAACAACACGAUCGCAAAAUCAUCACCGGUGGAAACCCUACCGAAAAUAUCCUCCAAUUUUUGCCGUCAUUCGCGGAAAGGAAGGAGAUAGCGGCUGCGUCGGUGCCGAAUUCCUUGCCUGCGUGGCCGCGCCCACAAUUCGGGAUGCUCGAGGGCGAUGUCGUGUCCGGCGUCGAUCUACCCCGCUAUGCUCGUUGAGUAUGUGGUGCCGCUGUCCUUGAAGGCAUACGUCCUAGCCAUGGUGAUGGGGGCUGCAUGGGCCGUUGCCAUUGAUGGCAGGCGCUGUGGCCGGGAAACGGCGGCUGCGCGUGCUACGGUGACGGUGGGUCGGGAGACGGCCUCCGCGCUGAAGACGGAGGCUGAGCGGUUUCUAUGUGCUGGAGUUUGCUCCGGCGGCAUGGAGAGGAGCUGCAGCCGGCGCAUCGCAAAGGGAUGGAGGCCCCCUUCAUCCAGUCACCGAUUAUAUGUGGACUUACAGUUUGGUCGAUGAGGAUGGCGUGAAAGAUGGCUGCUCCACUCCGGGUAUGUUUGAUACGAGCAUACAAAACCUUUGCCGUUGCGUCCCAACCUCUACUGUAUAUAUCAGGAAUGGAUAAAAUGUUGCCUGUCGAUCGGCGGUGGAGGGCCAAUGGGAGUGGGAACGAAGUUCACAGGCGGUGGUGCCAUGACCCUCUUCGAGCCAGGACGGCCCAUCCUGGGUCCCAUCGCCAUGAGCGCCAAGACUCUAUUCCUCUUCAACACGACUCAUGGUUCAGAACGCAGAAUGUUUUUUAUAGCAUGGUAUAUGGCGGGAAAUAGAAGCACUGGAAUUUUGUAUUGGCAUGGUAUAUAGACGUAUAUUGACUGAUCUGACUAUUUUCAUUUUCAUUGGCGUGAAGUAAAUCAUGGUGAUAGAAAAAGGAAGUGAUUGAAAGAAGGAAGGAGAUUGAUCACCGUUUGAUUGAAAGAAGGGAUGAGAUUGAUCACCGUCAUGAAUGAAUUGAUUGCCAUGCAUGAAUUGAUUGCGUUUGGAUUGAUUGUUGAUUGAUUGUGCUUGGUUGCCUUAUGUGAAUUAUUUCUUUACCAAAGAUAGAGUCGAUUGAAGGGAGAAAAGAAAAUCGGCAGAGGGAGAAAACCGAUGGAGGGAGAAAAAAAUCGCUGGAGGGGAGGGGGGAUCAUACGAAGGGGUUGGACGAAGAGGGGGAACGUAAGAUGGGAAAUGGAACCUUACAUUUUUUUAGGUAGUAGAGAUUUUAUAUCUUCUGUCAAUCUUUUAACAGGGUGACGACCCAUUAUGAAAGAAGAAACCGUAGGAGAAAUCGGCCAAGACCCCUCGACCAAAGACAAAGGUUGUUAAAAGACCUGCCAAGAAAAAGGCAGCUGAACCCAUCGGGUUAAACCUUGAUGACGACCUUGAUGACCCGGACGCAGAGGAUGACGUCCAAGGCAGCCAAGCUGAUGACGCAUAGAAGUAGCAACACGAAGCUCGCCGCACAACCCGGCACAGCGGUCAGGUAGUCACUUCGGCCGGUUUACCGAACACGCCGGUUCGGAAGCGUCGAUCUGAGGGAACGCCUCUUUCAUCAUCCGGCGAGUCAACAGCCACACAACUCCCCCCUCUUAAGACUGUCCCUGGAGCCAAGGCCAGACCCAGCAAGAAAGCUCGUGUAGAUAAACCGUCCGACGACCAUGUGGUUGUUGAACCGGAGAGAACUCCAGAACUGGAAAGAACCAAUGUUGAUGCCAUAGUUGAUGAUCCACCCCCUCAAGACCAUGAUUUUGUUGAACCAGUAGAAGUUAACCCAACAGGUCAUACUGAUAAACCGGCAAGCCCGGUCCCAACUGAUGAUAGACCUUCAAGUCCAUCUAAGGCUGCUGAUGAAUCGUCAACUCUAGUAAAGGCUGCUGGUGACAAGGAAGAUGAUGUUAUAAUUACUGGUGUUGGCCACACCAUCCCUGGCAAUCUUGUUGCAUUAUCAGAGCAUAGUGCUAAGGAGGAACUCUCUGCUAUGGGCAAAGGCAAGUGGAGCACAAACUUGUCAAGCUGCGCCCACCUCAACGCCCAAGAACUUCAUUCUGGUUUCUUAAACCGUCUGUACACAAACCGUGACUACGAAGCCGGUUUAGUGAAUCUGAUGAAGGAGCGAUAUGAGGCUGAGCUGAGCAAAAAGGAAGCCCAAACCGCUGACCUUCAACAAAAUAUCAAAACCCAGCAAGCAGAGACCUCCAAAGCCAAAGAAGAAUUGACCAGUGCGUUAGCAGCUAUGGAGAAGCUGAAGGAAACUUUGAAGAAGGAACAGGCAGACUGGGGCAUAGAGAAAGCCGCUUUACAAAAGAGAGCCGAAGACGCAGAGGCAACCCUUAAACCGGUGGUCGAAGAGCUGACCAGUUUAAAGCGGCAGAUCAAUGCCAUGACCUCUGCUGUUUUUGGAACUCGCAUUACCCAUCUAGUCUUUGACAUGCGGAUGAAGCUGAAGGCUGCCUAUACACUGAUUGAGCAGUUAUAUUCCGGAGCUCAACAGGCCAUUUGCACCGCUACGCAUAAUAAACCGCCUCCAACCUUACUAAAAGAGACCAUUGAGAAGCUGUCUAUGCUGCCCGCCCGGUUGGAUGAACUAAAAAGAUCAGCAGCCAGGUCAGGUGCGCUGACCGCACUAAUCCGGGCGAAGGCAUGGAUACCAGAUCUUGAACCGUCAGAUAUAGGCAGCGGCUACCCUGGCGUGAAGGAGGACGGCUCAGAAUUUAACAAUGACGAUCUUCGAAGGUUGACAAGGGAAGUGCGCCCCAUAGCGAGCAAAUUGGCUGAUGAAACAGAUCUCUCUCAUUAUCAGCCGGUUUAUGAUUCUGAUCAGGAAAGAUAUCCUGCGCCAACACAUGAUGUAGAAGAUCUUGUUCCGACAAUCCGUAAGCACACCUAUGCCCCUGAUGUUGACCCCUCAAACCUUAUAAGUGAUGAAACUGUAUUUCAAGCCUUAACUGGAAUCGAUUGGGAAACCAUUGACUUCCAGCCACUGGGUAGAGAGGAGGAAGAUGCACCAGCGCAGGACGAUCCACAACCGUCAACUCAGCCUGGUGACGAGUCAUGAUCCGGAGGCCGGUUUAGCGUUCGGCGCACUACCACCUUUGCCGAAAUAAUUAUUCUUUUGGGCAUUAAAACACUUCGUAAUAGGCUAGUUGAAAACACUUGGUCUGCUAUGCCAUCGUGCAUACUUAUUUUUCUUGAUACCGUGAAUCCACCAUGCUUUAGGAGAUAUUAUGUUUCAUAACCCGUAGUGGUGUUUAUUCAAAUUAUUCCCGCAUACAAUAAGUUUGAAAGUGUCCUAGCGGUUUACCGCUGGACAUGUCAUGAUGCCCAAAUAUAUAGCCGGGGUUUAUAACCAAGGCUGUACUUUGAAAAUAAUCAAAGAUGAAAGAAGUAAUACCUGUGAUAUUGAA